AUGCUGAGGAAUCUGCGACCCAAUGGGCCAACCUACAAUCUCAACAGUAUACUGGAGGACCUCGGGGCCGACGGCCGCAUCAUCGUGGGAAGGGACCGAGAUUGCCACGUCGCUGCGAGCCAUUUCGAAAGCGCACCCCCUGGAACAGCCUACAUGCUCUCCCGGCGGCAUGCCCUGAUCAAGGCUGUCGAGGGACGAUUCUCCAUCCUGGACAACAAUGCAACGAAUGGCACCUUCCUCAAUGGAAGUCCCCUGGAGCCUGAGAGCUGGCAUGUCCUGGAGGAUGGCGACAUCCUCCACUUUGGCGGGCCCCAGACUGUGAAGCCCAAGAGUACCUUCAUCCCGAAUCCCUGGGCCUUCCGGUUCAGCAGCGGGGGAGGCCCCGAAGCGGAUUCAGGUACCGGCACGGAGGUGCCCUGCCCCAUUGCACACCUCGACUCCCAGCCGAGGCGCGAGGUGUACAGCUUCAGCCCGGCGCGGUCCCUGGCGACGAGCAGGCAGCGGGAGUGGGUGGAGCCUGUCUUUGCCGACGAGAACACGAGGCAUGCUUUCAAUCUGGAGGCAGAGGCACUGCUGCAGGAGCAGGCAGACCGGAGCCCAUGCAGCCACCCCGCAGCGUCAGUGCAAGACAUUCCGGCUUCAGUGGAUGCCAGCAUUCCUCCAAACACCUGUCUCAUCGGGCCACCCCUGCCAUUGGCCGGCGUGGAGGACGACAGCUCGCUGCCCAUCGACCUUGUGGAGGAAAACCUGGUGGCCACCCAUGUCCUGGUGCCAUGCGGCCACCUCUUCUGCGGGGCGUGCCUAGGCGACCUGUAUCGCAGCUUCAAGGACCCGCCCCAGUGCCCUACCUGCCGGUGGGUGGGCUUGCGUGGGACGUGGCCCCUUGCAGCCCUGGGGGAGGGGGCCGUCAGCGGGGGGAGGACGCCAUGCACCGCGCCGCCGGUGAGGCAAAAGGCCAUCGACGGCGUGCUGGACCUGCUGGUUCAGCAGGCGUCACCCAGGACCAAGACCAUGCACGAGGAGAAGCAGGCGGCUUGGAAGGCCCGCGCCGCCGAGCUGGAGCCCGUGCUGAUGCAGGCGCUGCCCCGCAAGGUCGUCAGGCAGACGGUCCUAGUCGCGCGGCACCCGACGCGGGGCCCGCGCGAACCGUCGGGCCGCCUCCAAGGCGGCAUCCUAGGCGACUUCCACACCACGGUGGCGCCCGCCGCACGAUCCGCACGGCGGGCCGUCCUGGAGGCCCGGAAUCCCAGGAUAGGCGCCGGGCCGCCCGACACCAGCGUCCUCGCCUCCUACGGCCCGGCCGGGAUGAGGGCGCACUGCGGGGCCUGCAGCGCGCUGCUGCGCGAGGAGGAGCUUGCCCCCGGCCACGUCAGGGUCCUGGCAGGGCAGCAAGGCAUCUCCAACCUGGCCCUCGUGUCGAGGUCAGACCAAGAGGUGCUGCACCGGUGGUUGGAGGGCACCGGCGCGGGAGCAGCAGGCGGUCUGGACCUCUGA